AUGGCCUUUUCUCUCUUUUCUCACACAAAACCCUCCAACUCCUCCGAUCCCCCUUCACACAAGUCCGCCACAUCCUCCGAUCCCCUUUCCGCCGCCGCAUCGGCCUUUGCCUCGCUCAAGUACCGCCGCCCCGCGGGUGAGAACAUCCGCGACGAGGCCCGCUGCCACGCCUCGCCCCACGGCUUCUCUGCCAAGUAUGUCCCCUUCAACGCCGACCCAUUCUCCACCGACUCCUACUCCCUCGACGAGAUCGUCUACGAGCCAUCCCCGCGUCAUCUCCAGGUAGGCGAUCCGAGAAUCGUUUUCCAUGGAGUCGACGAGAGAGAAGAGAAAUACCUUUUCAGGGGAUGA